AUGGCAGAUGACGAAGAAUACGAGGAGGUGGUGGAGUACUACACGGAGGAGACAGUUUAUGAAGAGGUGCCAGGAGAGACAAUAACAGAAGUCUAUGAAACUACAACCACAAGGACAAUAUCUGACUAUGACCAAUCAGAAACUUCCAAACCAGCACUGCCACCGCCAGAACCAGCAAAGCCAACGGAGAGGAAGAAAAUCAUCCGGAAGAAAGUGGAUUCUUCAAAGUUCAUGACUCCUUACAUUCAACAUAGUCAGAAAAUGCAGGAUCUUUUUAGCUCAAAUAAAUACAAGGAGAACUAUGAGAAAGCAAAGGGACAGCCAUAUGCCAGCACAACCGAUACUCCAGAACUUCGCCGAAUCAAGAAAGUACAAGAUCAGCUCAGUGAGGUUAAGUAUCGAAUGGAUGGUGAUGUUGCUAAAACUAUCUGUCACGUGGAUGAAAAAGCAAAAGACAUUGAACAUGCAAAGAAAGUGUCGCAGCAAGUCAGUAAGGUUUUAUACAAGCAAAACUGGGAAGACACCAAGGAUAAGUACCUGCUUCCCCCUGAUGCCCCUGAACUUGUCCAAGCCAUUAAGAACACAGCCAUGUUCAGCAAGAAAUUGUACACUGAAGACUGGGAAGCAGACAAAAGUUUGUUUUACCCAUAUAACGACAGCCCAGAACUGAGGAGAGUUGCUCAGGCACAGAAAGCUCUCAGCGAUAUUGCCUACAAAAAAGGUCACACUGAACAGCAAACUCAAUUCACAUCUCUGCCAGAUCCUCCGGACAUAGUAUUUGCCAAAAAAGUAACCGGUCAAGUGAGCAAGCAAAAAUACAAAGAAGACUAUGAAAACAAAAUCAAAGGCAAAUGGAGUGAGACACCUUGCUUUGAAAUUGCAACCGCCAGAAUGAAUGCUGAUAACCUGAGCACAAGGAAAUAUCAGGAAGAUUUUGAGAACAUAAAAGACCAGAUAUACUUCAUGCAGACUGAAACACCUGAGUACAAAGUGAAUAAACAAGCCGGGGUGGCAGCUAGCAAGGUAAAAUACAAAGAAGAUUAUGAAAAGAAUAAAGGAAAAGCAGAUUAUAAUGUACUUCCUGCUUCAGAGAACCCACUGCUCAGGCAGCUGAAGGCGGCAGGAAAUGUCCUAAGUGAUAAACUAUACAAGGAAAACUAUGAGAAGACAAAGGCAAAGAGCAUAAAUUACUGUGAGACCCCCAAAUUCCAGCUUGACACAGUUUUGCAGAACUUCAGUAGUGAUACUAAAUAUAAAGAUUCCUACUUAAAGAAUAUUUUGGGACAUUACAUAGGCAGCUUUGAGGAUCCGUAUCAUUCACACUGUAUGAAAGUUACAGCCCAAAACAGUGAUAAAAACUACAAAGCAGAGUAUGAAGAGGAUCGUGGGAAAGGCUUCUUCCCCCAGACUAUAACUCAGGAAUAUGAAGCGAUCAAGAAACUGGAUCAGUGUAAAGAUCACACUUACAAAGUACAUCCAGAUAAGACGAAAUUCACUCAAGUCUCCGACUCUCCUGUUUUGGUGCAAGCUCAAGUCAAUUCGAAACAACUGAGCGAUCUAAAUUACAAAGCAAAACAUGAAAGUGAAAAGUUCAAGUGCCAUAUUCCUCCUGACACUCCUGCCUUUAUCCAGCAUAAAGUCAACGCCUACAACCUGAGUGAUAAUGCCUAUAAGCACGACUGGGAGAAGAGCAAAGCUAAGAAGUUUGACAUUAAAGUGGAUGCCAUUCCCCUGCUGGCAGCCAAAGCCAACAGCAAGAAUGCCAGCGAUGUGAUGUACAAGAAGGACUAUGAGAAAAGCAAAGGGAAGAUGAUUGGUGCCCUCAGCAUUAAUGAUGACCCCAAGAUGCUGCACUCCCUGAAGGCUGCCAGAAACCAGAGUGAUAGAUUAUACAAAGAAAAUUAUGAGAAGACAAAGGCGAAAAGCAUGAAUUACUGUGAGACACCGAAAUAUCAACUUGAUACUCAGCUGAAGAACUUCAGCGAGGCUAAAUACAAAGAUUUGUAUUUAAAGAAUAUCUUGGGACAUUAUGUAGGCAGCUUUGAGGACCCAUAUCAUACACACUGUAUGAAAGUUUCAGCUCAAAAUAGUGAUAAAAGUUACAAGGCAGAGUAUGAAGAAGAUAAAGGGAAGUGUUAUUUUCCUCAGACAAUAACACAAGAAUAUGAAGCAAUCAAGAAGCUAGACCAGUGUAAAGAUCAUACUUACAAACUCCACCCGGAUAAGACUAAAUUCACAGCAGUCACUGAUACUCCUGUACUAUUGCAAGCCCAGCUCAAUACCAAACAGCUUAGUGACCUGAACUACAAAGCAAAGCAUGAAGGUGAGAAGUUCAAGUGCAAUGUGCCAGCAGAUGCUCCUGAGUUUAUUCAACACAGGGUCAAUGCCUAUAACCUGAGUGACAAUGUCUAUAAGCAUGACUGGGAGAAGAGCAAAGCUAAGAAGUUUGACAUUAAAGUGGAUGCCAUUCCCCUGCUGGCAGCCAAAGCCAACAGCAAGAAUGCCAGUGAUGUGAUGUACAAGAAGGACUAUGAGAAAAGCAAAGGGAAGAUGAUUGGUGCCCUCAGCAUUAAUGAUGACCCCAAGAUACUGCACUCCCUGAAGACGGCCAAAAACCAGAGUGAUCGUGAAUAUCGCAAAGACUAUGAAAAGUCAAAAACCAUCUACACGGCCCCGCUUGAUAUGCUCCAAGUCACUCAAGCUAAGAAAUCUCAGGCAAUUGUCAGUGAUGUGGAUUAUAAACACGUCUUGCACAACUACAGCUACCCACCUGAUAGCAUCAAUGUGGACCUCGCCAAGAAGGCAUAUACACUGCAGAGUGAUGUGGAAUACAAAGCUGACUACAACAGUUGGAUGAAAGGCUGUGGCUGGGUGCCUUUUGGGUCUUUAGAAAUGGAAAAGGCAAAACGAGCUACUGAAAUCCUUAACGAGAAAAAGUAUCGACAACAUCCAGACACACUCAAGUUUACCUCAAUUGAAGAUGCUCCAAUUACAGUACAGUCCAAAAUUAACCAGGCCCAGAGGAGUGAUAUCAAUUACAAAGCCAAAGGAGAGGAAAUUCUGCACAAAUACAACCUACCAGCAGAUCUACCACAGUUCAUACAAGCUAAAGUCAAUGCCUACAAUAUUAGUGAGAAUAUGUACAAAGCAGACUUGAAAGAUUUGAGCAAGAAGGGAUAUGAUCUGAGAAUUGAUGCAAUUCCCAUCAAGGCUGCCAAAGCUGCCAGGCAGGCAGCAAGUGAUGUUCAAUACAAAAAAGAUUAUGAAAAGGCCAAAGGGAAAAUGGUUGGCUUCCAAAGUCUCCAAGAUGAUCCUAAACUGGUUCACUACAUGAAUGUGGCAAAAAUACAGUCAGACCGGGAAUAUAAAAAAGAUUAUGAAAAGACCAAGACCAAAUACAAUACACCUCAUGAUAUGUUCAAUGUUGUGGCUGCCAAGAAAGCUCAAGACGUUAUCAGCAAUGCCAACUACAAGCAUUCUCUUCAUCACUACACCUACCUGCCCGAUGCCAUGGGCCUGGAAUUGUCUAAAAACAUGAUGCACAUCCAGAGCGAUAAUGCCUACAAGGAAGAUUACAACAACUGGAUGAAGGGCAUUGGCUGGAUACCAAUUGGUAGCCUUGACCAAGAAAAAGUUAAAAAGGCAGGUGAUGCCCUGAAUGAAAAGAAGUACAGGCAACAUCCAGAUACUCUCAAAUUCACCAGCAUCGUGGACUCCCCAGUGAUGGUCCAGGCCAAGCAGAACACACAGCAAAUCAGUGAUAUCUUAUACAAAGCCAAAGGAGAAGAUGUGAAACAUAAGUAUACUCUGAGUCCUGAUCUUCCACAAUUUCUCCAGGCCAAGUGUAAUGCUUACAAUAUAAGCGAUGUCUGUUAUAAACGGGACUGGCAUGAUUUAAUUGCCAAGGGAAACAACGUGCUGGGUGAUGCAAUUCCCAUUACUGCUGCCAAGGCAUCAAGAAACAUUGCCAGUGAUUAUAAAUACAAAGAAGCUUAUGAGAAAUCAAGGGGAAAGCAUGUGGGUUUCAGAAGCCUCCAAGAUGAUCCUAAACUUGUCCACUAUAUGAAUGUGGCAAAGCUGCAGUCGGAUCGUGAAUACAGGAAGAACUAUGAGAACACUAAAACUAGCUACCAUACCCCUGGGGAUAUGGUUAGCAUUACAGCAGCAAAGAUGGCCCAGGAUGUAGCCACCAAUGUCAACUACAAACAGCCCUUACAUCAUUACACCUACCUGCCUGAUGCUAUGAGCGUAGAACACACAAGGAAUGCAAAUCAGAUUCAAAGUGAUAACGUAUAUAAAGAUGAGUACAACAGCUUCUUCAAGGGCAUUGGAUGGAUCCCUAUUGGCUCUCUGGAGGUUGAGAAAGUCAAGAAAGCAGGUGAUGCAUUAAAUGAAAGGAAGUAUCGACAGCACCCAGACACCAUCAAGUUCACAAGUGUCCCUGAUUCCAUGGGCAUGGUUUUGGCUCAACAGAACACAAAGCAGCUAAGUGAUUUGAACUACAAAGUGGAGGGGGAGAAACUGAAGCACAAGUACACCAUCGACCCUGAACUGCCUCAGUUUAUUCAAGCUAAGGUCAACGCCCUCAACAUGAGUGAUGCUCAUUAUAAAGCAGACUGGAAGAAGACCCUGGCUAAGGGCUAUGACCUGAGGCCAGAUGCCAUUCCCAUUGUUGCGGCAAAGAGUUCAAGAAAUAUUGCCAGUGAUUGCAAAUACAAGGAGGCCUAUGAGAAAGCCAAAGGGAAGCAAAUUGGAUUUCUCAGCCUUCAAGAUGAUCCUAAACUUGUCCACUACAUGAAUGUGGCCAAAAUACAGUCAGAUCGUGAGUACAAGAAAGGUUAUGAAGCCAGCAAGACCAGGUACCACACACCGUUGGAUAUGUUCAGUGUGACUGCUGCUAAGAAAUCUCAGGAGGUUGCUACCAACACCAACUAUAGACAAGCAUACCACAACUACACCCUCCUACCUGAUGCCUUGAAUGUGGAGCACAACAGGAAUGCCAUGCAAAUUCAGAGUGAUAAUCUCUACAAAUCUGACUUCACCCACUGGAUGAAAGGGAUUGGCUGGGUCCCAAUUGACUCCCUGGAGGUAGAAAAGGCAAAGAAAGCGGGAGAGAUUCUCAGUGAGAAGAAGUAUCGCCAGCAUCCUGAGAAGCUCAAGUUCACAUACUCUAUGGACACAAUGGAACAGGCGCUGAACAAAAGCAACAAAAUCACUAUGGACAAGAGGCUCUACACUGAAAAGUGGAACAAAGACAAGACCACCAUUCAUGUCAUGCCUGACACUCCAGAUAUCUUACUCUCCAAAGUAAACCAAAUCACCAUGAGUGAUAAACUAUACAAAGCAGGCUGGGAAGAAGAAAAGAAGAAAGGCUAUGACUUGAGGCCUGAUGCUCUGUCCAUAAAGGCGGCAAAGGCUUCUCGGGACAUUGCCAGUGAUUACAAAUACAAGAAAGCCUAUGAGCAAUCCAAAGGCAAACAUAUUGGCUUCCGGAGCCUAGAAGAUGAUCCCAAGUUGGUGCACUUCAUGCAAGUAGCGAAGAUACAGUCAGACCGGGAAUAUAAGAAGGGCUAUGAGAAAUCCAAGACCUCCUUCCACACCCCAGUGGACAUGUUCAGUGUAGUGGCCGCCAAGAAAUCUCAGGAAGUGGCCACCAAUGCCAACUAUAGGAACAUAAUCCAUACCUACAACAUGCUACCUGAUGCCAUGGGCUUUGAAUUGGCCAAAAAUAUGAUGCAGAUUCAAAGUGAUAAUCAGUACAAAGCGGACUAUGCUGACUUCAUGAAGGGCAUUGGUUGGCUCCCUCUUGGCUCCCUAGAAGCUGAGAAAAACAAGAAAGCUAUGGAGAUUAUUAGUGAAAAGAAGUACCGCCAGCACCCAGACACUUUGAAAUAUUCAACAUUGAUGGACUCAAUGAACAUGGUUUUGGCCCAGAAUAAUGCGAAAAUUAUGAAUGAUCACCUCUAUAAACAAGCAUGGGAAGCUGACAAGACCAAAAUCCACAUCAUGCCUGAUAUCCCCCAGAUUAUUUUGGCCAAAGCAAAUGCAAUUAAUAUGAGUGAUAAAAUGUACAAACUUUCUUUGGAAGAGUCUAAAAAGAAAGGCUAUGAUCUCAGAACAGAUGCAAUUCCUAUCAAAGCUGCGAAGGCUUCCCGGGAUAUUGCAAGUGAUUAUAAAUAUAAGUAUAAUUAUGAAAAGGAGAAGGGGAAAAUGGUUGGUUUCCGCAGUCUGGAAGAUGAUCCUAAAUUGGUCCACUCCAUGCAAGUAGCCAAGAUGCAGUCUGAUCGAGAGUACAAGAAAAACUAUGAGAAGACAAAGACUAGUUACCACACCUCUCCUGACAUGCUGAGUGUCACAGCUGCCAAGGAUGCCCAAGCCAACAUCACCAACACUAACUACAAGCGCCUGAUUCACAAGUACAUCCUCCUUCCAGAUGCCAUGAACAUCGAGCUGACCAGGAAUAUGAAUCGCAUACAGAGUGACAAUGAAUAUAAGCAGGACUAUAAUGAAUGGUACAAAGGGCUUGGCUGGAGCCCAGCUGGUUCUUUAGAAGUGGAGAAGGCCAAGAAAGCAACAGAAUAUGCCAGUGAUCAGAAAUACCGUCAGCACCCUAGUACCUUCCAGUUUAAGAAGUUGACUGAUUCCAUGGAUAUGGUGCUAGCCAAGCAGAAUGCACAUACCAUGAACAAGCAUUUAUAUACCAUUGAUUGGAAUAAAGAUAAAACCAAGAUUCAUGUGAUGCCUGAUACACCUGAUAUUUUGCAAGCAAAGCAGAAUCAAACACUCUAUAGUCAGAAACUCUAUAAACUUGGAUGGGAGGAAGCACUGAAGAAAGGCUAUGAUCUCCCGGUGGAUGCCAUUUCUGUACAGCUGGCAAAGUCUUCAAGAGACAUUGCUAGUGAUUUUAAAUACAAACAAGGCUACAGGAAGCAACUUGGACACCAUAUUGGAUUCCGGAGUGUGCAAGAUGACCCAAAACUUGUGUUGUCAAUGAACGUAGCCAAAAUGCAGAGUGAAAGAGAAUACAAAAAAGACUUUGAAAAGUGGAAAACCAAGUACACCAGCCCAGUAGAUAUGCUGGGUGUGGUACUGGCCAAGAAGUGCCAGACACUGGUUAGUGAUGUGGACUACAGGAACUACCUGCACCAGUGGACAUGCCUGCCAGACCAGAAUGAUGUCAUCCAAGCUAAAAAAGUAUAUGAACUACAAAGUGAGAAUAUGUAUAAGUCUGACCUUGAGUGGCUGAAAGGCAUAGGGUGGAGUCCUUUAGGAUCUUUGGAAGCAGAGAAGAACAAGCGGGCUUCAGAGAUCAUCAGUGAAAAGAAGUAUCGCCAGCCUCCAGACAGAAACAAGUUCACCAGCAUUCCUGAUGCCAUGGACAUAGUUCUGGCAAAAACAAAUGCCAAAAAUAGGAGCGAUAGACUUUACAGAGAAGCUUGGGACAAGGACAAGACUCAAAUCCACAUCAUGCCUGAUACACCUGACAUUAUGCUGGCUAAGGCAAACUUAAUCAAUACUAGUGAUAAACUCUAUCGAAUGGGUUAUGAGGAACUAAAGAAAAAAGGUUAUGAUCUCCCUGUGGAUGCUAUUCCAAUCAAAGCUGCCAAAGCAUCUCGGGAAAUUGCUAGUGAAUACAAGUACAAAGAAGGCUUUCGCAAGCAGCUGGGCCACCAUAUUGGAGCCCGGAACAUUAAAGACGACCCUAAAAUGAUGUGGUCCAUGCACGUGGCCAAAAUCCAGAGUGACAGGGAAUACAAGAAGGACUUUGAGAAGUGGAAGACCAAGUACAGCAGCCCAGUGGACAUGCUGGGGGUGGUGCUGGCAAAGAAGUGCCAGACUUUAGUCAGUGAUGCGGAUUACAGACACUACCUGCACCAGUGGAUUUGCCUGCCAGACCAGAAUGAUGUCAUCCAUGCUCGACAGGCCUAUGACCUCCAGAGUGAUAAUUUGUACAAAGCCGAUCUUCAGUGGCUAAGAGGCAUUGGCUGGAUACCUACUGGUUCUCUUGAGGAUGAGAAGAACAAAAGAGCUACUCAGAUUUUGAGUGACCAUGCUUACCGUCAGCACCCAGAUAAGUUCAAGUUCUCUAGCCUAAUGGACUCCAUACCGAUGGUGUUGGCAAAAAACAAUGCUAUUACCAUGAACCAUCACCUCUAUACAGAAGCUUGGAAUAAAGAUAAAACUACCAUCCAUAUUAUGCCAGAUACACCUGAAGUUUUACUAGCUAAACAAAACAAAGUGAAUUACAGUGAGAAAUUAUAUAAACUUGGACUCGACGAAGCCAAGAGAAAAGGCUAUGACAUGCGAAUUGAUGCCAUUCCCAUCAAAGCAGCCAAGGCCUCCAGAGAUAUUGCAAGUGAUCGUUUAUACACAGAAGCCUGGGACAAAGACAAGACCCAGAUCCACAUAAUGCCAGACACACCCGAAAUCAUGCUGGCAAGAAUGAACAAGAUAAACUACAGUGAGAGUCUGUAUAAACUUGCCAACGAAGAAGCAAAGAAGAAAGGCUAUGACUUACGGAGCGAUGCCAUCCCCAUUGUGGCAGCCAAGGCCUCCAGAGAUAUCGCCAGUGACUACAAAUAUAAAGAUGGUUACCGCAAGCAACUAGGCCACCACAUUGGAGCUCGGGACAUUAAAGAUGACCCCAAGAUGAUGUGUCCAGACAAGCUGAAGUUCACCAGUGUGACGGACUCUCUGGAACAGGUGCUGGCCAAAAACAAUGCUCUCAACAUGAACAAGCGUUUAUACACUGAAGCCUGGGAAAAAGACAAGACUCAAAUUCACAUAAUGCCUGAUACACCAGAGAUCAUGUUGGCAAGGCAGAACAAAAUCAACUACAGUGAGAGUCUGUAUAAACUCGCCAAUGAAGAGGCAAAGCAGAAAGGCUAUGACUUGCGAGUUGAUGCCAUCCCAAUUGUGGCAGCCAAGGCCUCAAGAGAUAUUGCCAGUGAUUACAAAUAUAAAGAUGGUUACCGCAAGCAACUAGGCCACCACAUUGGAGCUCGGGACAUUAAAGAUGACCCCAAGAUGAUGUGGUCCAUGCAUGUGGCCAAGAUCCAGAGUGACAGGGAAUACAAGAAGGACUUUGAGAAGUGGAAGACCAAGUACAGCAGCCCAGUGGACAUGCUGGGGGUGGUGCUGGCUAAGAAGUGCCAGACUUUAGUCAGUGAUGCGGAUUAUAGACACUACCUGCACCAGUGGACGUGCCUGCCGGACCAGAAUGAUGUCAUCCAUGCUCGACAGGCCUAUGACCUCCAGAGCGAUAACAUUUACAAGUCCGAUCUUCAGUGGAUGAGGGGCAUUGGCUGGGUCCCCAUUGGGUCUCUGGAUGUGGUCAAGUGCAAGAGAGCCACGGAGAUCCUGAGUGAUAACAUCUACCGCCAGCCUCCAGACAAGCUGAAGUUCACCAGUGUGACGGACUCUCUGGAACAGGUGCUGGCCAAAAACAAUGCUCUCAACAUGAACAAGCGCUUAUACACAGAAGCCUGGGACAAAGACAAGACCCAGAUCCAUAUUAUGCCAGACACACCGGAAAUUAUGUUGGCAAGACAGAACAAAAUAAACUACAGUGAGAGCCUCUACCGCCAGGCCAUGGAAGAAGCCAAGAAAGAAGGCUAUGACUUGAGAAGCGAUGCCAUUCCUAUCGUAGCUGCCAAGGCCUCCAGGGACAUUGCCAGUGAUUACAAAUACAAAGAAGCCUAUCGUAAACAGUUGGGUCACCACAUUGGUGCCCGUGCAAUACAUGACGACCCCAAGAUGAUGUGGUCCCUGCACAUUGCCAAAGUACAGAGCGACCGUGAGUACAAGAAAGAAUUUGAGAAAUACAAGACAAGGUACAGCAGCCCAGUAGACAUGCUUGGUAUUGUUUUGGCCAAGAAAUGUCAGACCUUGGUCAGUGAUGUGGACUACAAACAUCUUCUACAUGAAUGGACCUGCCUGCCUGACCAGAAUGAUGUCAUUCAGGCACGGAAAGCAUAUGAACUCCAGAGUGAUAAUGUGUAUAAGGCGGAUCUGGAAUGGAUGAAAGGCAUUGGCUGGGUUCCAAUUGGUUCCUUGGAAGUUGUUAAAGCCAAGAGGGCCACAGAGAUCCUCAGUGAUAAUAUCUACCGUCAGCGUCCAGACACAUUGAAAUUUACCAGUAUUACUGACUCUUUGGAGCAGGUGCUGGCCAAGAACAAUGCAAUAAAUAUGAAUAAGUAUAAGUACAAGGAAGGCUACCGCAAACAGGUUGGUCACCAUAUUGGGGCCCGGAACAUUAAAGAUGACCCCAAGAUGAUGUGGUCCAUGCAUGUGGCCAAGAUCCAGAGUGACAGAGAAUAUAAGAAGGACUUUGAAAAGUGGAAGACCAAGUACAGCAGCCCAGUGGACAUGCUGGGGGUGGUGCUGGCCAAGAAGUGUCAGAUCCUUGUAAGCGACAUAGACUACAAGCAUCUCCUACAUGAAUGGACCUGCUUGCCUGAUCAGAAUGAUGUCAUUCAGGCUCGGAAGGCCUAUGACCUGCAGAGUGAUGCUGUCUAUAAGGCUGAUCUGGAGUGGCUGAAAGGCAUUGGAUGGGUUCCCAUUGGCUCUCUGGAGGUGGAGAAGGUGAAGAGAGCUGGAGAAAUCUUGAGUGAUAGGAAAUAUCGUCAGCCUGCGGACCAGCUCAAGUUUACAUGCAUUCCAGACACCCCAGAAAUUGUCCUGGCAAAGAAUAAUGCCCUGACAAUGAGCAAGCAUUUGUACACAGAAGCUUGGGAUGCUGACAAGGCCUCCAUCCACGUGAUGCCAGAUACCCCGGAAAUCCUGCUAGCCAAGAGCAAUUCUGUCAAUAUCAGCCAUAAACUUUAUACCAAAGGAUGGGAUGAAUCAAAGAUGAAGGACUAUGAUCUGAGAGCAGAUGCUAUUUCCAUCAAAAGUGCCAAGGCCUCCAGGGACAUUGCCAGUGAGUACAAAUACAAGGAAGCCUAUGAGAAACAGAAAGGUCAUCACAUUGGAGCCCAGAGUAUUGAAGAUGACCCCAGGAUUAUGUGUGCCAUCCAUGCGGGGAAGAUUCACAGUGAAAGGGAAUACAAGAAGGACUUUGAGAAGUGGAAGACCAAGUACAGCAGCCCAGUGGACAUGAUGGGGGUAGUGCAAGCCAAGAAGUGCCAGACCCUAGUCAGUGAUGUGGAUUAUCGCAACUACCUGCAUAACUGGACAUGCUUACCUGACCAAAACGACAUUAUCCAGGCAAAGAAGGCCUAUGAACUACAGAGUGAUGCCAUCUACAAGGCUGACUUGGAGUGGUUGCGUGGUAUUGGCUGGAUGCCAGAAGGGUCACCAGAAGUCCUGAGAGUCAAAAAUGCCCAGGAAAUCCUAUGUGACAGCGUCUAUCGGACACCUGUGGAGAAACUCAAGUAUACAAGCAUUGUUGACACACCUGAAGUUGUCCUUGCAAAAUCAAAUGCUGAAAAUAUUAGUAUUCCAAAGUACAGAGAAGUUUGGGACAAAGAUAAAACUUCAAUUCACAUAAUGCCAGACACUCCAGAAAUUAAUCUUGCUAGAGCAAACGCCCUUAAUGUGAGCAAUAAACUUUACCGUGAGGGUUGGGAUGAAGUGAAGAUGAGCUGCGAUGUCCGGCUGGAUGCUAUCCCUAUCCAGGCUGCCAAGGCCUCCAGGGAGAUUGCCAGUGAAUAUAAGUACAAGCUUGACCAUGAGAAGCAGAAGGGGCACUACGUGGGCACCCUCACAGCCAGGGAUGACAACAAAAUCCGGUGGGCCCUCAUAGCUGGCAAGCUGCAGAAUGAAAGAGAGUACCGGCUGCAGUGGGCCAAAUGGAAGACCAAGUUCCAAAGCCCUGUGGACAUGCUUUCCAUCCUGCACUCUAAAAAAUGCCAGACUCUAGUCAGCGACGUUGAUUAUCGCAAUUACCUGCAUGAAUGGACAUGCAUGCCUGACCAGAAUGACGUGAUUCAGGCCAAGAAAGCCUACGAACUGCAGAGCGAUGCUGUUUACAAGGCUGACUUGGAAUGGUUACGGGGAAUUGGGUGGAUGCCGAAUGAUUCUGUUUCUGUCAAUCAUGCCAAACAUGCUGCGGACAUCUUCAGUGAGAAAAAAUAUCGCACAAAAAUAGAAACUCUCAACUUUACUCCUGUGGAUGACAGAGUUGAUUAUGUGACAGCAAAACAAAGUGGAGAGAUCCUUGAUGAUAUUAAAUACAAGAAAGAUUGGAAUGCCACUAAAUCCAAGUACACCCUCACAGAAACCCCCUUGUUGCACACGGCCCAGGAGGCUGCCCGCAUCCUGGACCAGUACCUCUAUAAGGAAGGCUGGGAGAAACAAAAGGCCACAGGCUACAUUUUGCCUCCAGAUGCUGUACCAUUUGUUCAUGCCCAUCGUUCCAGUGAUGUUCAGAGUGAGCUGAAAUACAAAGCAGAACAUGUAAAGCAGAAAGGCCACUAUGUUGGGGUUCCGACAAUGAGAGAUGAUCCUAAACUAGUGUGGUUUGAGCACGCUGGCCAAAUUCAGAAUGACAGACUCUACAAACAGGACUAUCACAAAACAAAGGCCAAAAUCAAUAUACCUGCUGACAUGGUGUCUGUUGUGGCUGCCAAGGAAGGGCAGACUCUGGUCAGUGAUAUUGAUUACCGUCAUUACCUACGCCAAUGGACAUGUCACCCUGACCAAAAUGAUGUUAUUCAAGCAAGGAAGGCCUAUGACCUACAGAGCGAUCAUGUCUACAAAGCUGACAUGGAAUGGCUCCGAGGUAUUGGCUGGAUCCCCCUGGAUUCUGUGGACCAUGUGAGAGUUACUAAGAACCAGGAGAUGGUGAAUCAGAUAAAAUAUAAGAAAGAUGCACUUAACAAUUACCCCAACUUUACCAGUGUGGUUGAUCCUCCAGAGAUUGUUUUGGCCAAGAUUAAUGCAAUCAAUCAAAGUGAUGUAAAAUAUAAAGAAACAUUUAAUAAAGCCAAGGGCAAGUAUUUAUUUUCUCCAGAUACACCUUAUAUCUCCCACUCCAAAGACAUGGGGAAACUCUACAGCACUAUCUUAUACAAAGGUGCAUGGGAGGGAACCAAGGCUUAUGGCUACACCCUGGAUGAACGCUAUAUUCCCAUUGUUGGAGCAAAACAUGCUGACCUAGUGAACAGUGAGCUGAAAUACAAAGAGACGUAUGAGAAGCAGAAGGGUCACUACCUCGCUGGGAAAGUCAUUGGCGAGUUCCCUGGUGUGGUUCACUGUCUGGAUUUCCAGCAGAUGAGGAGUGCGUUGAACUACAGAAAAGAUUAUGAAGACACAAAAGCCAACGUGCAUAUCCCCAAUGAUAUGAUGAACCACGUGCUGGCUAAAAGAUGCCAGUACAUCCUCAGUGACCUGGAGUACCGACAUUACUUUCAUCAGUGGACAUCCCUCCCAGAAGAACCCAAUGUUAUUCAUGCUCGAAAUGCCCAGGAGAUCUUAAGUGAUAAUGUGUACAAAGAUGACCUGAAUUGGCUGAAAGGCAUUGGUUGCUAUGUUUGGGAUACACCCCAGAUCCUCCAUGCCAAGAAAUCAUAUGACCUCCAGAGUCAGAUAAAAUACACAGCAGCAAGUAAAGAAAACUUCCCAAACUAUAACCUGGUGACAGAUACGCCAGUUUAUGUGACUGCUCUUCAAAGCGGCAUCAACGCCAGUGAGGUGAAAUAUAAAGAAAAUUAUCAUCAGAUUAAAGACAAAUACACCACAGUUCUAGAAACAGUGGAUUAUGACAGAACCAAGAAUUUGAAGAGUCUUUAUAGCAGUAACCUGUACAAAGAGGCCUGGGAUAAGGUGAAAGCCACCAGCUACAUCCUGCCAACCAGUACCUUGUCCUUGACACAUGCCAAGAACCAGAAGCAUCUGGCCAGCCGUAUCAAGUACCGAGAAGAAUAUGAGAAGUUCAAAGCCCUUUAUACUAUACCAAAAAGUGUUGACGAUGAUCCAAACACAGCACGGUGUCUCCGAGUUGGCAAGCUUAACAUUGAUCGCCUAUACAGAUCUGUAUAUGAACAGAACAAGAUGAAAAUCCACCUGGUGCCUGACAUGGUAGAGAUGGUGACCGCCAAGGAUUCUCAGAAGAAAGUCAGUGAGAUCGACUACCGCCUGCACCUCCAUGAGUGGAUUUGCCACCCUGACUUGCAAGUCAACAGUCACGUCAGGAAAGUGACAGAUCAAAUCAGCGAUAUUGUAUACAAAGAUGAUCUCACCUGGCUGAAGGGCAUUGGUUGCUAUGUCUGGGACACUCCUGAGAUUCUCCAUGCAAAACAUGCUUAUGAUCUUCGCAAUGAUAUCAAGUACAAAGCUCACGUGCAGAAGACAAGGAAUAACUACAAGUUGGUGACUGACACACCGGUCUAUGUCCAAGCUGUCAAGAGUGGGAAGCAGCUCAGUGAUGCUGUCUAUCACUAUGACUACGUGCACAGUGUCAGGGGCAAAGUGGCUCCAACUACAAAAACCGUGGAUCUGGACCGGGCCCUUCAUGCAUACAAGCUGCAGAGCGAGAACCUGUACAAGACUGGUCUGCGCUUCCUGCCCACAGGGUACAGACUUCCAGCAGACACGCCACAUUUCCAGCACAGCAAGGAUACCCGAUACAUGAGCAGCUAUUUUAAGUACAAAGAAGCCUAUGAGCACAUCAAGGCAAAUGGGUACACGCUUGGCCCCAAGGAUGUACCAUUUGUUCAUGUCCGGAGGGUCAACAAUGUUACCAGUGAGAGACUAUAUCGAGAAUUGUACCAUAAACUGAAAGACAAGAUUCACACAACACCUGACACACCUGAAAUCCGCCAAGUCAAGAAGACUCAGGAAGCUGUCAGUGAGUUGAUCUACAAGUCGGACUUCUUCAAGAUGCAGGGUCACCUGAUCUCCCUGCCAUACACGCCCGAGGUGCUGCACUGCCGCUAUGUGGGGGACAUCACCAGUGACAUUAAAUACAAAGAGGAUUUGCAGAUCUUGAAGGGACUUGGCUGCUUCCUGUAUGACACACCUGACAUGGUCCGCUCCCGGCACCUACGGAAGCUCUGGUCUAAUUACCUAUACACGGAUAAUGCAAGGAAGAUGCGAGACAAAUACAAGGUGGUGCUUGACACUCCAGAAUACAGAAAAGUACAAGAACUGAAGACCCAUCUGAGUGAGCUGGUGUACAGAGCAGCAGGCAAGAAGCAGAAGUCCAUCUUCACUUCCGUUCCUGAUACUCCUGAUCUUUUAAGAGCCAAGCGGGGACAGAAGCUUCAGAGUCAGUAUCUGUACGUUGAACUUGCCACUAAAGAGAGACCACAUCAUCAUGCGGGAAACCAGACCACAGCCAUGCAGCAUGCUAAAGACGUAAAGGACAUGGUCAGUGAGAAAAAGUACAAGAUUCAUUAUGAAAAGAUGAAAGACAAGUACACCCCUGUUCCAGAUACACCAAUCCUCAUCAGAGCCAAGAGGGCCUACUGGAAUGCCAGUGAUUUACGCUACAAAGAAACAUUUGAAAAGACAAAAGGAAAAUACCACACUGUGAAGGAUGCUCUGGACAUUGUUUAUCACCGCAAAGUCACUGAUGACAUCAGUAAAGUGAAAUACAAGGAGAACUACAUGAGCCAGCUGGGAAUCUGGAGGUCCAUUCCUGAUCGCCCGGAACAUUUCCACCACCGCGCAGUCACGGAUGCAGUCAGUGAUGUAAAAUAUAAAGAAGACUUAACCUGGCUUAAAGGCAUUGGUUGCUAUGCCAAUGAUACCCCAGACUUCACGCUGGCUGAACAAAACAAGACUCUCUACAGCAAGUAUAAGUACAAAGAAGUAUUUGAAAGGACAAAAUCAAAUUUCAAGUAUGAGGCUGACUGUCCAAUCAAUAGACAUUUCAAGUAUGCAACUCAGUUGAUGAAUGAGAAAAAAUACAGAGCUGAUUAUGAGCAGCGGAAAGAUAAAUACCACCUGAUAGUCGAUGAGCCUAGACAUCUGCUGGCUAAGACCGCAGGCAACCAGAUCAGUCAGAUCAAGUACAGGAAAAAGUAUGAAAAGUCAAAGGACAAAUUCACCUCAAUUGUAGACACUCCAGAACACCUGCGAACUACAAAAGUCAACAAACAAAUCAGUGAUAUACUUUAUAAAUUGGAAUACAACAAGGCCAAACCCAGAGGCUACACGACAAUCCAUGACACACCCAUGCUGCUGCAUGUCCGCAAAGUUAAAGAUGAAGUCAGUGAUUUGAAAUACAAAGAAGUUUACCAGAGAAACAAAUCUAACUGCACCAUUAAGCCAGAUGCUGUUCAUAUCAAAGCAGCCAAGGAUGCCUACAAAGUCAACACCAAUACAAAUUAUAAAAAGAAGUUUGUCAAGGAGAAAGGGAAGUCCAACUACUCCAUCAUGCAGGAGCCUCCAGAGGUGAAACAUGCCAUGGAAGUGGCCAAGAAGCAGAGUGACGUCGCUUACAAAAAAGAUGCCAAAGACAGCCUGCAUUACACCACAGUGGCUGAUAGGCCAGACAUCAAGAAAGCCACACAGGCAGCCAAGCAAGCCAGUGAGGUGGAGUACAGAGCUAAGCACCGCAAGGAAGCCAGCCAUGGACUAAGCAUGCUUGGUCGCCCAGACAUUGAGAUGGCCAAGAAGGCAGCCAGGCUAAGCAGCCAGGUUAAAUACCGAGAAAAUUUCGACAAAGAGAAGGGCAAGACACCAAAAUACAAUCCGAAAGACAGCCAGCUCUACAAAACAAUGAAAGAUGCUAAUAAUCUUGCAAGUGAGGUUAAAUAUAAGGCCGACCUGAAGAAACUUCACAAACCUGUGACUGACAUGAAGGAAUCUCUGAUAAUGCAUCACGUCCUGAACACAAGUCAACUGGCCAGUUCUUACCAGUACAAGAAGAACUAUGAGAAGAGUAAAGGCCAUUACCAUACCACACCUGAUAAUCUGGAGCAGCUUCACCUAAAAGAGGCCACAGAAUUACAGAGCAUAGUGAAAUACAAAGAAAAAUAUGAAAAGGAACGAGGAAAGCCUAUGUUGGACUUUGAGACUCCGACAUACAUUACUGCCAAAGAGUCUCAGCAGAUGCAGAGUGGGAAAGAAUAUAGGAAAGAUUAUGAAGAAUCCAUUAAAGGCAGAAAUCUGACUGGCCUGGAGGUCACGCCAGCUUUAUUACAUGUCAAAUACGCAACCAAAAUAGCAAGCGAGAAAGAGUACAGGAAAGAUCUAGAGGAAAGCAUCCGUGGGAGGGGUCUCACUGAAAUGGAAGAUACUCCUGACAUGCUACGAGCAAAGAACGCCACUCAGAUCCUAAAUGAGAAAGAAUAUAAGCGAGACCUGGAGCUCGAAGUCAAAGGAAGGGGCCUGAAUGCCAUGGCCAAUGAAACUCCAGAUUUUAUGCGGGCCAGGAAUGCUACUGACAUUGCCAGUCAGAUUAAAUAUAAGCAAUCAGCAGAAAUGGAAAAAGCCAAUUUUACUUCUGUGGUUGACACUCCAGAGAUCAUUCAUGCCCAACAAGUCAAGAACCUUUCAAGCCAGAAAAAAUACAAGGAAGAUGCUGAGAAGUCCAUGUCAUAUUAUGAGACUGUUUUGGACACUCCAGAGAUGCAGAGAGUCCGGGAGAACCAAAAGAAUUUCAGCCUUCUCCAAUACCAGUGUGACCUUAAAAACAGUAAAGGAAAAAUUACAGUUGUUCAAGACACGCCAGAAAUACUGCGUGUUAAAGAAAAUCAAAAGAAUUUCAGCUCGGUUUUAUAUAAGGAGGAUGUCUCACCAGGAACAGCAAUUGGAAAGACACCGGAGAUGAUGAGAGUGAAGCAAACACAGGACCACAUCAGUGCGGUGAAGUAUAAAGAAGCAAUUGGACAAGGAACUCCAAUCCCUGACCUGCCUGAAGUAAAACGUGUCAAGGAGACCCAGAAGCACAUUAGCUCGGUUAUGUACAAGGAAAAUUUGGGAACAGGCAUUCCAACCACUGUUACUCCAGAGAUUGAGAGAGUCAAACGCAAUCAAGAAAACUUUAGCUCGGUGUUAUAUAAAGAGAACCUCGGCAAAGGGAUUCCAAUCCCCAUCACUCCAGAGAUGGAGAGAGUCAAACACAAUCAAGAAAACUUUAGUUCGGUGUUAUACAAAGAAAACAUGGGCAAGGGCACCCCUUUACCUGUCACUCCAGAGAUGGAGAGAGUCAAACACAAUCAAGAAAAUAUUAGCUCGGUUUUGUACAAAGAAAAUGUGGGGAAAGCCACCCCAACCCCUGUCACUCCAGAGAUGCAGAGAGUCAAACGCAAUCAAGAAAACAUUAGCUCGGUGCUAUACAAAGAGAAUAUGGGGAAAGCAACCCCCACACCUUUUACUCCUGAGAUGGAAAGAGUCAAACGCAAUCAAGAAAACUUUAGCUCGGUAUUGUACAAAGAGAAUAUGAGAAAAGCAACUCCGACACCUGUUACUCCAGAGAUGGAGAGAGCUAAGCGCAACCAAGAAAACAUUAGCUCGGUUCUUUACUCUGACAGCUUCCGGAAACAAAUACAAGGCAAAGCUGCUUAUGUUUUGGAUACCCCAGAGAUGAGACGGGUGAGGGAAACCCAGAGGCACAUCUCAACGGUGAAAUAUCAUGAAGACUUUGAGAAACACAAGGGUUGCUUCACACCAGUGGUGACAGAUCCUAUUACUGAACGAGUAAAGAAGAAUACACAGGACUUCAGUGACAUUAACUACCGAGGAAUUCAGAGGAAAGUGGUAGAAAUGGAACAGAAACGGAAUGAUCAAGACCAUGAGACCAUUACAGGUUUACGUGUCUGGAGAACCAAUCCUGGCUCCGUUUUUGACUAUGACCCAGCAGAAGACAAUAUUCAGUCCCGAAGCUUACACAUGAUCAAUGCCCAAGCUCAGCGCCGGAGCCGGGAGCAGUCUCGAUCUGCCAGUGCACUGAGCAUCAGCGGGGGCGAAGAGAAGUCUGAGCACUCAGAAGCUGCCAACCACCACCUUUCCACCUACAGUGAUGGUGGAGUCUUCUUCUCUGCAACCUCAACAGCUUACAAACAUGUAAAAACCACAGAGCUCCCCCAACAACGAUCAUCUUCAGUUGCUACUCAACAGACAACAUUAUCUUCUAUACCAUCUCACCCAUCUACUGCUGGAAAAAUCUUCCGCGCCAUCUAUGACUACAUGGCUGCAGACGCAGAUGAGGUAUCCUUCAAAGAUGGAGAUGCUAUUGUAAACGUUCAAGCUAUUGAUGAAGGCUGGAUGUAUGGCACAGUGCAGAGGACUGGCAGAACUGGCAUGCUCCCAGCCAACUAUGUGGAAGCUAUUUAGGCACGUGUGGAUACAGUAUCUGCAAUUCCUGCAGCCAACAUUUCACUUUAGACUCCAUUGUUACCCAAGCUCCGAACUGCCUGAUGGUUUUUUGUGUCAGUACAAGGGUUGGCCACAGCAUACCUUAAUGUGUUCCUACACAAACUCGUGUGUUUUAGUAUUCUCCAUUAAAACAAAUGUUAGUAAACUUAAACCUAUGAAAGUUACUUUUAAAAAAUUAACCAUGCUCAAACUGCCUUUGGGAUUUGAAGUAUGCUGAACUUCAAAAUGAAAUCUUCUAAGGAAGCUUCUUCAAUGUUAUACAGUAUUACUAUAUUGACUCACUUUCCCAAUUACAAAACAUAC